GGCGAGGUCAGAGUAUUUUCGAGCAGCUUUGUCGAGUAAAUGGGCAAGAAAAGAGGGAGAAAGAUUUGUAUUUGAAAAACCAAAUAUUAGUGGAGGAGAUAUCUUGGAGUUAUUGGUGGCAGCAGAUGAAUUGAUACUUGAAGAAUUAAUAUAUCCGCUUCAAGAAUUUUUAUUAAAACAUAAACAAAAAUGGAUUCAGGAUAACAUACUUUAUGUAUUAAAUACAGUGAUAGAACGUAACGCUUGUAAAUUUUGUGCUCUUGAAAAAACAUUACAACGUUGUAUUCCAUUAAUUAGAUUUUGGCAAUUACCUUUGGAGGAUUUCAAUAACAAAGUUAGACCUUUUGUUGAAAUAUUACCGAGAAAUCUUAAACUUAGAUUAUUGCUGAGUCCUGGAACUUCGCCUUCUGAAAUGUCACCAAUCUUAUCCUCCAAUAUUUUUCACUUGUCUAAUUAUAUUAGUAGUCUUAGUAAUCAUUUCAUCACAAACCAAACUAAUGAUCAAACUUUAUCACCGCCUAUAAGUCCUUCAGUUAUACCACUUUCAUUACCGGAGAGAACAAUUGAUUCUACUAUUAUUACGCAUCAGCAAGCUGCUCUUAUUGCUUGUUGGAUAGAUAGAAAGAGCGUUUCUGAAUCCACUCCACAAAUCGAUUUAUUUCCCAUUCCAUACAUUUUCAGAGACGUCGAAUGGCGCGGUACACGUGAUUCCUUCAUAUUUUCUUUAACGAAUCCUUAUUGUGAUGCUCAUCGUUCCAACAAUAACAUCAUAUCCAAGUCUAAAAUAUCGAGAAUUAAAAAAGAUGGAAUCAAUGAAGCCAUACAAUUGCAUGAUAGACUUGGCCCUUCAUUUGGUUUUUAUGAAUUAAAAAUUAUUGAUAAUGCUCAUCAAGGAACGAGUAGCUACGCUUCUGGCGGUUUGAAAUAUGAACAUAAAAUUAGGGAUAAAUCUAAUUAUUUUCAAGUGGAUGAUUAUGAAGUAUUCCAAGUACUCAAGAAAUAA